AUGCUAGUGACAUUCAAAUCAAGAUCUGAGAGCAGCCGACAGAAGGAGGUUGAUAACUCUAGCAAUUCUGGCAAUUCUGGCAAUUGUGGCAAUUCCGGCAAUUCUGGUUCCUCCACAUCAAAACUCGUAUCAGCACCAUCAAAGACUUUUGCUCCAACAAAAACAAGCCGAGAUUACGCUAUCGCCAACGAAGCAAAAUUCAAGAUUCUGAAACCAACUGCUACAACAUCAGCAGGGAAUACCACUACUUCACCUGUUUCGUACCAAGUCCCGCAAACAAACAGCAUACCUCCGGGCUCGAUGAAAACAAUAAACACCCCAAAUGACCUCUACAAGUUCAAAGAAAACGGCAGGUCGCGAUAUGGGUGUCUCACAUGCAAAGUACGGAAAAAGAAGUGCGAUGAAAUAAUGCCGGUAUGUUCAGCUUGCUCACGGCUAAAUAAAAAAUGUUAUUACGUUGACCGUGAUACAAUGACCCAAGAGGAAAUAAGGGUUUUAAGGGAAAAAGUGCAGAUGGAGGAGAGUACGCAAAAAGUACGCAAACGGAAGGGGAAAGUGAAAACCAAUGCUAGUUUACCGAGUCGAAUAGAUAAGCAGGUUGUUACAGACUUGCUUAAUAAAGAAAUACACCGACCUCCAUCAUCAACGAACUCGUCUUCUUCUCCGAGCCUUGCCCAUUCUCCGCCACCAUUACCUCCUCCUCCUCCUCCAACAAUGCAGCCAACACACACAACAGCAUCAACGUCGACAUCACCGUCGCCAUUCGUUCAGGGGCCAUUCAAAGUAUCAACACCUACUUCUGAUUUACGGUCGACAAACUCGCCCACGGCUUAUCAUUUGGCAGGACUCAACUCGCCGACGAUACAAAGCUUGAUGAAUCCAAUAGAUGAGCAAGCGGAGCCAAAUACGGUUGAAGCAAUUGUACCGGAAACCAAUUCUUUGGAUAAACAAACCUUACAAAACCCACAUCCAGAUUCAAAAGCGUUGACAUCAAAACUUCAACAGGAUCCAUUAAGCCCAUUUAUGCUCCAUGAUGAACUAUCCUCACCAUCAUCAUUCCUCAAUUUGUUACGAGACAUGACCCAGUCACGGUCAAAGAGUGGUCACUCUGAGUCAGAUCAUCAUCAUAAGAACACUAGCAACCAACGUAACAAAGCCAACCAGCCUCAAGAAGAUGAUGAGCUCAAACGAUUUAUGCAAUCGCCAGUACUAUCGCUAAUGAUGAACCCUAAUGAAUCAGGUAACAGUCAUCAUGAGCUCACGCAUACUCAUGGCCAUGGUCAUAAUUAUAAUAACGAUCACGAUAACGAUAACUUUCACAACAAUUUUAAUACCCUAAGGUUUUCCAAUUCAUACGCAGACCUUAUAUCGACUUUAACUUCUCAUUUCACACCUGAUCCACAGCCACCGCCAUUGCAUAUACCUGAAUUAACAGACCCAACUUAUAAAUACUUGUACAACUAUUACGUUGAUGUGGUGGCCAACAAGAUAUCGAUUUCCCCCGAUGAAUCAAACUCAUUCCAACACGUCAUCUUACCAUUGGCACAAAAAGACCAAGGUGUAUUAUACGCUGUCUUGGCCUGGGCUGCAUAUCAGCUCGGAGGAGACUGGCAAGACGAAGCCGAAAAAUUUGUUAAAAAAGCCGUUCUGCAUUUUCGUAAAGGCAUAGGAAGCGGCAUAGGAUACGAGGAUCGUCAAACCGUUAUCAACAAAUUUGCCUUGAUAUUGACAUUAAUUGGCGCCGAGAUUUGUAACGGAGACGUUAAACGAUGGUCGGUCUACUUAAAUUGGGGCUGGAAAUUGCUCGAGUCCAAUGGCGGUAUUGCAAAUUUUAACCUGACGAAAGAAGAACACUGGUUAAUUACAAAUUUUGCAUAUCAUGAUUUAUUGGCAAGUCCGACGUGUGAUAGAGGCACUUAUUACUCUCCAUUGAUUUAUGACCAGAUAUUCGAUGAUAAGCAAGGGUUUCUUAGUGGUCAGUUGCAUCCACUAACUGGUGUUGCCAAGAGAUUAUUUAGGUUGAUUGGUGAAAUAAAUACACUAUUAUCCACGAGCAGGAAACAAUUAAAGCAAUAUUACGAAAGAGGGAUACACGACAGUAUAGAGAGAUACUCACCAAUGGACGAAGAGCUCAGCAGUGAGUUUGGCUCGGAGACAAGCGAUCACGGAAAAGCAGCAAGGCUUUUGGCAGAUGUGGUGGCAAAAGCUAAAGAAAUCGAAACUGAGAUAGAGAACGCCAAACCCGACCGUAGCGACUUGAACAAUUUAUCCGAUCGUGAUUUAGAACUUCAACUAACAUUGUUUGUUGCUUUCCAAUCAAGUGCAAAGCUUUUUUUGAGAGAAUCUGUGUUGAGGUGCAAUCCAUCACAAAUCGAGUCGCAAUUGAUUAAUAACGAUCUUAUCAAGUGUUUAGAUAUUUUGAUUGGCACUUCAGUCCAAGCAUCAUUAGUGUUUCCAGUAUUCAUCUCUGGAAUACAUUGUGUUUCCAAACACGAUCGCCAAUUAAUGUUGCAAAGAGUGAAUAGCUUUAUUCAAAACUAUGGUAUGUACAAUGUUCACAGAGUGAAGGACGUGAUGGAACGUAUUUGGAAAGAAAAUGAGAGAGGGAACGAUGUUCUUGACUGGCACGAGAUGUUGAAUGAACUAGGUUGGGACUUGAACUUUGCCUGA